AAGUCAGGCUGGGGGAGGGGCAAUGAACGACUGUCACUGAAGUGUCACGCUGCCCUUUCCUUUCCUUCGCCUGUGUGUGAGUGUGUAUAUGUGUGUGUGUUGAAGCGUGUGUGCUCGAGAAAGAGAGUUCUCGGAGCAUCUAGUCCCCGGACCGAGAGGCUGGGCUGCUGAGCGCUUUCUCCAAGAGCCGGGUCGAGGACGCAGCAGCAGCCACCCUGCCCCUCGGCUCUCACCACCUGUGAGCUAGGAGGACCCCCGGCAGCGUGGACUGGAGGGCGCGUACAGCCCAUCACCUACCUCCCCAGCAGCCUCCCGUAAGCCCCUCUGCGUCCCAGGGAGCUCGUAGAAGCCAUGGAGCAUCCCCACAAAGAAGGGGAGACGGCGGCGGCGGCGGCGGCAGCCACAACGGCUGCAGCCGCGGACCCCCGGGGAGCAUCCUCGUCCAGCGGGGUAGUGGUGCAAGUGCGGGAGAAGAAGGGUCCCCUGCGUGCAGCCAUCCCCUACAUGCCAUUCCCCGUGGCAGUCAUCUGCUUGUUCCUCAACACUUUCGUACCGGGACUGGGUACCUUUGUCUCUGCCUUCACUGUGCUGUGUGGAGCCCGGACUGACCUCCCCGACAGGCACAUAUGCUGUGUCUUCUGGUUGAAUAUCGCCGCAGCACUCAUUCAGAUUCUGACAGCUAUUGUGAUGGUGGGCUGGAUCAUGAGUAUAUUCUGGGGAAUGGAUAUGGUCAUUCUCGCCAGCUACAAGGAACAGGGAAUCCCACAGCAGCUGUGAGCCUCAGAGCCACCAGCAGGGAGUCCAGAAGAGACUGUGUUAAGCAUCUUUGGGCCAAAGACCUUGGUGUUUUCUCUUCUGGUUUUUCAUGGGUUUGGUGUGGGAUGUUUUUCUUUUGGUGAGGGUUUGGGGAGGGAUUUUUUAAAAAAAAAUUAUUUAUUUUGAAAAACAUCUGUUUUUCUCAGCAGGCACUGGGGGUUGCUUCUCUCUUGUUGAAUCUUGAGAGAGCUGAAGACAAAGGCAUUGUGGGAAUGAGUAAGGGACUCUGAGAUAUGAAGAAGGGGGCUCUGACAGCAUACCCCAGAAAGCCCCCUGGGCUUUGGUAAAAGACCUAUCUCUGUGGAGGAUUUAGAUUAGUAAUUAUUGUAGGAAUAAAAAGCUAUUUCUCUUUCCUAUUGAUAGCAACAGAGCUGCAGAAACAGGUCAAGAAAUAGACAUAUAUUCAUUGUAAGUUAAGGCUUAUAGGAAAUUUUUAUGCUGGCUAUCUUGCAAAUGUUCCUGGCCUCCCAAAGAACCCCAAUUUGUACAUAGAUUCAAACUCUUUUGAUGGUGAUCAGAGGGCUUUCAUUUUCACCAGCACUAGAGGUGGGAAGGGUCUGUGACUUAAUUCAAAAGUCCCACUAGUGGGGCAGCCCUCAUCUUUGUCAAAUACCAGUCACAGGUGAGCCUCAGAACACAGUUUAAUGUUGAAGAAUGGCCAGGUGGGUGUUGUUUUGGGAGUUUUAACUCCUCCUCUCAGAGAUUCAGACAUGACUGAAAUACAGCUGAACAGUUCCCAGUCCCCCGUCUUCCUCACCAUACUCCCAACUAUACCAUAGAAAAGUGUAUAGUAUUGUGAUUUCACUUUUCCUAGUUAUCAUGGGCACAAUCCUAAUCUGAUUAAGCCAAGAGACAAUGCUCAGCUCCCUGCGGCCGUCGUCAGGGUGAGAGGACCUAUUCUCAGGGGAUCAUGGGAGAACCAAGUCCCUUCCUCAGUACUUUAAAUUAAAAAUCUUUAUACUCCAGCCUUAAUGGCAGCAAAGGAGGAGUCAAUGUUAGAUUCCAUUUGGCCUUUAACCAAGAUCCAAACUAUAGGGCAGUGUGAAGAGAGCAGGGCAUACUAAAGCGGGGAGCAUUCUAGUCCAUCUACCUAUCCACUAGGCCAAUUUUAUUCUCACUAGGGAAAGUAGAAUUUGGACUUUACCAGACCAAGUGUCUUCUUGGUACUUUUAGAUAGAACAAUUCAAUACAGUCAUCACCACCAUUUUUAACUUCAAGCCUUGACUUGUCAUUGGAUUUCCUUUUUUUUUUUUUUUUUCAUUUUUCAUUUUCAAAGACAGCCCCUGGAUUCUCUCUUUUCCUCCACCUGCCCCCCUUUCUCCCUCUAGUUUUCUGAAGGCGCCCUUUCUCUUUCAUUUCAGGAAGGAGUUGACCUGGGAUUGAUUGGUUGGGUUGGGCUAAACUGUUGUGGCUUUUGGUAAUCCUUGAUGGUUUUCUUCUCACCAAAUCAAUCUCCCUAACUUUGGGGUUCCAAUCUUAAGUCUUGUUUGGAUUCAACCACCUGCCUGAAUUUCUUUGUGCUGAAAAAAUUCUGCUUCAUCCAAGAAGUGGUCUACAGCCAUUAGUUCCAUGAAGAGCAUCCUCCAAGCUGAUGCUCAGAGUGGGCUGGUUGCUCUCUAGGAAGCUGAGUCAAGGAGAGAGGCCUCCCCCGUAAUCAGAUAAAACAGCUUCAGCUAAGGAAAAUAAUGGAUUGGUGCCGCCCACUCCCACCCUCCAGCCCACUCCCCUUCCACCUCAGACUGCUCUCGAGGAGGCUGACUGACAGUCCGGGUGGAGAGAGAGAAAGACCUCAGAUGGGGGCUGGCUGCCUCCACAGACAAGAGAGGAGGCUGGGAAAACUCUGCUUCCUUGGCCUUGGACAGGGGUAAGGGCUGAGGGGGUGGAGAGGAGACAGCAAAUCUUGUAAUCUAUGAAGGAAAAUUGAGCAAUCCAGCAAACAAGUAGGGUUUCACUGAGUGACAGGUAUCAUCAGGAGCCUGAGUGGGAUGAAUUAGCGCAGGCACUCAGUGAGCCUUAGUGCAAUUACCCAUUUGGCAGCCCCUGAAGACAGGCAGGUCUUUUUCCCAGGAGGGCUCCUUUUUGAAUCAGAGAAGUUAACCCUGCAAUAGAAAAAUGUCCAUGUAAUUGAUGACAAGGUAGUCCAGCACUGAUGCAGAAACUGUGAAAAUGUCUGCUACUGAAAUCCUCCUUAUUAGGGGGAUGUUACCGAAAGUAAUUCACUGAAGUCAGGUCAUCAUCCCAGGUCAUGAUCUCCAUUAGACAAACAAUUAUGAAUAUUUAUGUCAAUUGGAAUCUGAGCCAGCCAGGCAGCCUGCAAGAGGACCAGUCCAUUAUCAGAUAUGUGAGCUGAUUCAAAAUCAGAUUACUUCUAAGAGAAUAUAUAUACCUAGUGAGUAAAAAUACCCAGCUAUGAUUAAGCCAGGUUUUGAUGGUGCCAUAGCAAAGAACAUUCAGUUGUCUAGGAUUCUGAUCAAACAUUUUAGAUUGGUCCAGUCAUCAAGUCAGAAUCUAACAGAAUAGGAGACAUGACUGAUGGGGCAUCUCCUAGGCUUGGAGCCCUUUGCAUAUGAGAUAUCAGAUAAGUAAAUCUCAGGCUCAGCAAGGUAGGUGUUUGAGAUCGAGACAAUCAUUUUUAGGUUCUUAAAGGUCCCCUACUAUACACUGGCAAAAGAAUAUAUCAGGGAAAAGAGUAUUGACCUGCACAAUUCCUUAUGUUCCCUUUGGUGUAGAAACUCGAUUUUAUAUUACGAUACAGUAUGGAGCUGGUAUCUUCGUUUUAUGGAUAGGGAAUUAAGUCAUCUAAGGUCACAUGGAGAACAAUCAGCAUAAUGGACAGACACCUUGACUUUCUUCUAUGUCAUCAUGACUGUCUUUGGAAUGCUUUUAUUAAAUAUUCACAUGCAAGUGAUACAAUGCUAAAUGUUCAAAGAAUUUACCAAGACAAAGCAAAUGACUGCCUUUCCAGACUAUGCUACCUCAGGGUCAUUAGUAUUGCAAUUCUAGUUCUAUGCCCCUAUAAGGAAACUUCUCUCACUUCUCAAGGAAGAUUGUCCCGCUAUAUGAUGCUUUGUGAUUUAAAAAAAAAAAUCUAACUCAACAGUGACCAAAAAUUGUGACUGUUUCUUUAUUUCAUACAGACUAUGGUAGAUAUUACAUCCCCUAUCCAAGUCCCAUUUAGGCUGCAGAGACAGGUCAUGUCUGAGAAAGCUAGAUGUCAGCCACACUUAAAGGGGUCAUGAAAGAUGUAAUGAAAAUUGUUUCUUUCCUGCUAAUGCCCUACCACAGAAAUGCAUAGAAGAAAUGAGAAGGGGAUAGGAGAGAAGAAGAAAAUAAUGAGGACUCAGAUUUCUGUAGGAAAAGGAAUGUGAAAGAUAUUUUCUGGAAUGAUUCUUACCCAAUCAGAAGGGGAAAAAAUGGAAUGAAAUGAAAUCUUACCCAAUAAGAAUCAGAGUAAUAUUCAACUCAUUUCUUUCUCAUAUCAAGGACUAACUCUCUGCAACCUUCACUCAGAAAUCCCAUGUCAACAUUCAGUUUUCAGGACACAAGACAUAAAAUAAUUUUUCCCUCUAUUAACCAAAUUCUUAAAGAUGAAUUCUUGUCCUUUAUCCAAAAGUGGAAAAUAUUGACUUGAAAUUGGGAAUGGAUGGCAAUCAAUCAUCUGCCGCCUUAUAUUCUGCUUCCCAAACUCUCUGUGUCAAAGUCAUAGAAAGGAUGAGUUCAUUAAUAACUUUUAAAGCACUCUGUAGAUGAAAAACACUAUGAAGUUUGCGAAUCACAAUCUGGAAGAAAAGGAACAGCAUACUGACAGGAAACAGAAUUAUCCCCCCCAUCCCCAAUAUCUACACAAUUAACAUUUCUGCCAGGAGGGAACAAAGCAUGGAAGGCAUAAAAGCUUUCAGCCUAGCUAGAGAUCUGAUUUUCCUAGAGAUGGAAAUAUUUGUUUGAUGACAGGGUGCAGAGCUAUAAUUUAAGAAGGCAUCGAAUGCAGGAGAUCCAGUAAGAAAUUCUUCAAACUCCUGAGGUUUGAAGAGGAGGGAAAAACUUAUUGGAUGAAAUUGGCUUGUCUGGAGAUGGCUCAACCUUCAAUGUAUAUGUAUAUAGAUAUAUAGAUAUCUACCUGUAGAUAUCUAUAUAUAUCUACAUAUGUAGAUCUCUAUAGAGAUAACUAUAUGGAUAUAUAGAUUGUGAGCUAUAUAGAUAACUAGGUAUAGAUAUAUAGAAAUCUAUAGAUAUGUACAUAGACACAUCUUUCUUUUCAUUGGGACAUUUUUCCUCAAUAGUAUUUUUGUCUCUAGCACUUCCUGUCUGGUCAGGGUAAAUUUUGGGGACUUCACUCUGCUCUCGAGAGAUAAUGUUCUCCAUCUUUGCAGCCCCCUUUCUCUCUUUUAGGGGCAUUUGGCAAGAUGAAUUGUCAUGGUGGUGAGUGAGGGACUUCAGUGCACACCACCAUGUUUUACUAACAUUGUGGUGAAUGAGGGGCUCCAGUGCACACCACCAUGUUUUACUAACAUUGUUUUUAUUAUAUUAUUGAUGUGAGCAAAGAAAGACUCUUGCUUUGUAUAAACUGCUACAGGAUGUAUAAUUUAAAUUCAAAUUCCUGAGUUGGUGUGGAAGCUUUGUUUACUGUUAUUAUUAUUCCUCCUCUAAAUGUUUCUUUUCUUUUCUUUUUUUUUUUAACAUGCCUCUGCCACAGCUAAGGCACCAUUUAAACAGCCAGGCUUGAUACCCUGAGGGUGGAGACAAUUUGUGGAAGAUUCAAAAAGAGGUUCCUUGUCAGUUAUCUAGAUAGACUCAGUUCUUAGUUAUUGGGGUGACUGAUGGAUUCAGCUGAAGAUCAUAGAGGUCUAGACCCAAAGCUGAUUGUAUAUUUGGUCUCCUCACUGCCCCCAGAGAUUAAUUCCAUCUUAACAAGCCUUAUUUAUAAUGUCUAGUUGUAGACACAAUUCACUGCGCUCCAUUUCUGCCCAACUGAAAUAAAACAGUAUAAUUUUUCUUUCCCCUCUUGAGUUGGUUCUUGGAAUUAGAGAGCAUUUGUCCUAAGGAGAAACUUAACUCGGUGCCCAAGAAACUUUUUGGGUGGAAGAAUCAGACACAAGAUGGCGACCCCAUCCAAGAUCCUGUGAACAAUUGCUGUUUGACUCAGACCAAAAAUCUGCAAAGGAUUCUUCUCAUUAUCCUCCCCUGGGUCUAAGCACAUGUUCUAGGAUAGACUGAUUUGAUUCUGAAAUGAAGUCAGGGCUAUUAGCAAGCCACACAGACAUUCUGACGCGGAAGUCUUUUCUCUGCUCAACCCUACCCACUUAGCUACCUACAUUUUAUGUAUAGCCUGAAUAUGACUGAGGCACUAUUAGUAUCAAAUUCUGGCAUUUAGGUCUCACUGCCUAUAGGCUGUUUAAAGAUUAUUCUGAGAGCUAAACCCUUGUAAUACAAGUUAUUCAGUUCUGUUCUUCUCCUUAAGUCUUAGAGCUUCCUUGAGAAGAACGACUUAAAGGAUAACACUGUUGAAAGUUGAAGACCACAGAUAAAUUUACCAAUCCAACCCAAAGUGAAAGAAACACAACCAUUGAAAAUCCCACUUACUUAGAGGGAAAUUCCUAAUAGAUAGAAUCAGAUAAGAAGCAAAGUAAUCUCAGAAAUGUGAAUUGCAUAGGAAGAUGUAAUGCUUGGCAUUCAACAGAUACUUAAAGGAUAUGUUUGUCAAAGUGGAAAUUGGGAGAUCUGGGUUCCCAAACUAGUUCUGCUUCUACUGGGUAAGCCAUGGGAUACUUUGGUACAAUGGUACUUUGCUUUCCUGAAAGUUCCACUAAGCAUUAUUUACCCAUGCUUAAAGAGACUAGAGGAGCAAUCACUUUGCCAUCACCAAAGCCAUUUUCUUAGUCUCGUUCCAAUUCUUUUGCCCUGGACCCCUCAGGUCAAGUUUCUCUUGAAGGAUGUUUUAGGGGAAAGUAAUUGGGAUCAACUUGAAUUCUACAGAAACAGUUUUCCUAGCCCUUUUCCCCCCACUUCCUACCUGAGACUCUUUGAUUUGAUGAUAUUAUGUCUCUGUUCAUAGAUGGAGAUGCUUAUUUACCUAUUGAUGUCUUUGGUGGCCUAGGAAGCUGAUCUUCAGCUAUGUAGCCCAGGCCAGGCUAGCUUAGCUCAGCCUGGUCUAGAGAAGCAAUACAGUGGAAAUAGAACUUACUGGUCCUAGAGUCUCAGGAUCUUGAUUCACUUCCUAGCUAUUUUCCUUAACACCUGGUUUUACCUUUGACAAUAUACAUCUCUCCGGGCCUCACUAGUUUGCAGCAAAUAAACUUCUAAUAAAAACCUUCCAGAAUGGCUCAUCUCUAAUCCAGAUCAGAAAUAAAAGCCAAAUGGUCCCAGAACCCUCCUGAUGUGUAUGUUGGGUGGGGAGGGGGAAAGGGGUGGUGAAUAACAUGACAAUGACAUAGGACAGGACAGACAGUCCUGAGCUUCAUUCUUCUUUCUUGCAUGAAUUAUUCAUGUUGUGAUUUUUGUCCUGAAUUACCAGGGGCAGAACAAAUGGAUAGAUUUCUCCUUCCAGUUGUCCAUCAUUGAUGGAAUGCGAGUCCCAAGUAUAUCACUACUAUUCAUUUUUACAUGUUCUUUACUUCCUUGUUCACUCUUCUUCUCUACCCAAACAGGUGUUUUUGUUGUUCAGUCUGAUCUGAUUCUUCAAAAACUCUAUUUGGGCUUUUCUUGGCCUAGAUACUGGAGUGAUUUGUCAUUUCCUUCUCUAGCUCAUUUUACAGAUGAGAAGGUGUCUUGCCCAGGAUCACCCAGCUAGUAAGUGUCUGAGAUCAGAUUUGAACUCAGGAAGAUGAGUUUUCCUUCAGGCCCACUGUUCUGUGCACUAUGAUACCACCUUGUAGUCCAAACAAACAUGAACGUUGCUCUACUGUGUUACUGUUACAUAAAUAUUUCCAGAUGUAUCCAGAUGUGUCCAGCCUCUAGACAGCUCCAAAAAGAGUGUCUUUUGCAGCUUGCUAAGUCUCUCUCCAGCAUUUACUAAGGAUGUUAGCAUCUCAAAUACCUUCCAGUUGUGUUUCCAUGCUGUACUUCUUUUCUCUUGUAGCUCCACAGUCUGUGGGAACUUCCUCCAGCUUCCUUGUGAUUUAAAUGUAGUCUUGACCCUUUUCAGAUCUCCACUGAUCUCUUUGCCCAGGCUCUGCCUUCUCUAGAACUUCUCAGUGGGUGGUCCCAACCAAGAGAUCCCCUUUCAAGCAUGAUACUCUCAAAGUGGGUGCUAAGAAGAAUAUGGAUUCUAUUUUUUUUCCUGCUGCAAAGGCAGUCAUCUCCCUCCUGAAACUCUUUUUCAUCCUGGUAUCCAUUAAAGCUGCAUAGUGCAAGAAACAAGAAUUCUCCCUAGCUUUGCAAUAACCUAGGAACAGUAACCUAGAACAGGAGGGCAGGAGAAGUAGAUUCUGUUCCACUGCUUCCCAGCUGGCUACAGCUUGCUACACCUCUGAGAGCUUCUACCAUUGUCUUUAGGGGCAGUCUUCUAAGAAAACCAGAGGACAGCAGUUCUCAUUCUUUUUUGUACCAUGAACCCCUUUGGUGAUCUGGUGAAGAUUAUGGACUCAUUCUCAGGGUAAUGUUUUUAAAUGAAUAAAAUAAGAUACAUGGAAUUAUAAAGGAAAACAACUAAAAUGAAAUGCAAUUAUCAAAUUUUUUCUAAACACAAAUUCACAGACUCCAGAUUAAGAAUCCCUGCCCUAGAUAAAUGGUCAUUAUCAGUCUUAAGACUCUUUUCAUAUGCAGAAAUCCUACACUCAGCCAACAAAAAUUUAUUAAGUGCUUACUGUGUGCUUACAAUGUUGUACCCAGUGCCAAAAUGUUUUGUUUUGUUUUUUAAUUCACAGGGGUGUGUGGGUGGGAAGAGGGGGAAAAAAAAAGCAACACAAAAGAUAUUGUAUGCAUCAUACUGUAUUUAAAUGGAUAAGUAUUUUUGUUGUGACUUAGAAUGUUUCAGUACUGUGGUUGAUUUCAUUUUGUGAUUCUCUCUUCCCCACUCUCACUUUUUUCUGUUGGACCAAUUGCUCCAUAUUUACAUUGUCCUCAAAUGAGACUUGUUCUUUGACCCAUUGGGACUUAUCUCAACUGUCUGGACCCAAUGAGAAUUCCUCAACAGAUGUACACCUUCUCCCCAUCUCCACUUCCCCCACAGUUUUCCCAGACAUAUUUGUUGAAUUUCAAUCAUAGCCAACUAGUGAGUGCCAAUGGAUUGCCCUGAUCCUGAGUUCAAGGGGAAGAAGAAGAUAUCCACAUGUUUGCUUAGGGUGCCUUUGAGAAGUUUCCCCUUCCUCAGUCCCAGAUCUUGCUAACUACAGGAGCCAGACUCCUAGAUUGAAAUUCAUUUUGCUUUUACCUCCACAUGGGUUAGAGUUGGAAUUAGGACCCAAAUCUGGCAUCUGCUGUCACUCGCCAGCUAUGUGACUUUAGACAAGUUAACCUCUAUGGACCUCGAUUCCUCCUCUGUUGGAUGAAGAGGUUGCAUGAAAUGACCUCUCAGGUCUUCCUCCAUCUCUGAAUCAAUGAUUCUAUAAUCCUUGAUUGCUUCAUGCGCCUACAAGCCCGGGUGCCAGACUUCACCCCAGUGCCCAAGUCCAGUCUAUUUGGUGGUACCACCAGGAACAAGAAAGAAAGUUCUUCUGGACCAGCUGCUAUCCAGGCCUCUCCACAGCUCCUUCUAGACCUAUCAUGAUCAGACCCCCUCAUCCUGGCAGCUUCCCAUUUUUGGAAGGAUUCAAUAUGUUUUAGGUUUCUGAUUCAAACACCAAUUUCAGGAACUGUAAUGGGAAAUAUUUUGCAGUACAGAUUCCAAAUAUCUUGCAUAUAUCUCCAUGUACAUAUAAAUAAUCAUACCCACAUAUACAUACAUAUAUACAUAUGUUGCAUUAUAUAUAUGUAUAUACAUGUAAAGCAUGAUAUUUCUUUGUGCAAUUCAAGUUUUUUAAGGUCUAGAAGACAUUGCUUUUGGAAACUUUUUCUUCCUUUCCCUCUUUUCUAUGUAAUAAACAUUCAUGUGACCUUU